AGAGAGGAGGAGGCAAAGAUAUAGUGUUCGGUAAUAGAAGCUAUUUUUACAGGUUUUAUUCAUAGCGUCUCAUAGCGGUAUUUAUGUCUUCCUGUGAGCCGCAGUGUUUAGUAUUUAUAGAUAAGAAGAGAAAAAGAAGUCAAAGGGAACAAAUUGAGCAGAAGUGGAGGAGAUGGUGCAGAAGAUGCUCUCAUUUUCCUCAUCAUUACAGCCUCUUUAUUCUCCCUCCUCCCUCUCUGUCUUUCCAGGCCAGUUUCGAAGCCUUGUUUCGCUCCUUCGAUCCCGAGGUGCAGUUCCAGUACUUCAAGUCGUUCCGGCGAGUCAGGAUCAGCUUCAGUGACGCUCUGGCUGCAGCCGAGGCCAGACUCCGACUCCACAAGACCGACUUCAACGGCAAAGAGAUGAGACUUUACUUUGCCCAGUCUGUGCACAUAGGGAGUCCUCGUCUGGAGCCCCCCAAACCCGACAAGCAGUUCCUGAUCUCGCCCCCUGCCUCCCCUCCGGUUGGCUGGGAACAAUCUCUGGACGCAAAGCCAGUCGUCAACUACGACCUGCUGUGUGCCAUCUCAAAGCUAGGACCAGGGGAAAAGUACGAGCUCCACACUGCCACACCCACCACCCCGAGCGUGGUCGUCCACGUCUGUGAGGAUGAGCGCGGCGACAGCUCGGCCCCGGACGACAGCGACCAAGACGACAAACCCCGCUCGCCUCGUCCCAAGAUCAUCCAGACGCGACGUCCCGACUACACAGCCGGCGUGGAGCAGUGAGCGACAACCCAGAAAGAGGACGCAUCCAUCGUGACGGCUGUAACAUUUCAUCCUGAAGUGAUUUGACGAGAGCUGAACACGCUCUCAGAGCUAUGAGGAAGGUUUGGGGACUUUUGGAAGCCGCCUGAGGGUGCUGCGAUGUCCUGUAGACGAGCAUUUCAUAAGACGGAGAGAAAACGUGCUGCAUUCAUGUUCAGUGGGAAAGAGAGGAAAACAAAAUUCCAAGUGGAAACAUAGAGUUCAGUUUAGCCAUCAGCGUGUAAAUUGAGGUUUGGGUAUUAAACUGAUGGAAAUAUGUGUUUAGCAGUGUACAAAAUAAUGCAUACUAAUGUUAGAGUUGUAGAGUAAUGAGUGGGAGGAGACUAUACUGGAUUCUUGGUUGAAUAGUUAUCUUGUAAAAAAUAAAAAUAUCAUGAUUAAGUGUGUCAGAAGCAAAUGAAGACUGUACACAACAAACAACGUGAUUGAGAUGUUGGUUAUUCCCACAUGACAUGAAUGCAGCAUCAUUCUGACAAGUCUCGUCCCCUCGUGAAGAGUGUGGGACCGAAAAAAGGAAAACGACUUUUGGCGACUUUCAGUUUAAUUCUUCAGACUGUUUUUGAUUUUUUGCUAGGGUGCUACAUGUGUGUGUGUGUGUGUGUGUGUGUGUGUGGUGUGUGUGUGUGUGUGUGUGUGUGUGUGUGUGUGUGUGUGUGUGUGUGUGUGUGUGUGUGUGUGUGUGUGUGUGUGUGUGUGUGAGAUUCAGCUGUAGAGUUUACACACGGCUGGCAGGUGCUCUUUCACAUCUUGAGCCCGCCAUGUCGGCGCUGCAGCUCCCUGUUACUCUUCACUGCUGUUUGAUGUCAGCUGUUCUGUGGUGGUGGACGUGUAGUCAAGUCAAAGCCCACCUUGCUCACAUUUGUCUCCACUGAAACAUGAUUCAAAGUGAGGAGACCUGAUGUGUUGUUUCUGUAAAGACGUCUAACAGUGUUAUUCUGGGGUUCUUUCAGUUUUCUACUCUGCCUGUCUGUCUGUGUUUGGAUUGUAGUGUUGAAAAUAACUGUUUGACAUUUAAUGGAGCAAAAGUACUCAAGGCUUUUUUUUUUUAUUAUUUCUGAAUGUAAAAUACACCCAUAGCUCUCUGGAAACGAGGGCUUCAACUCCACCAACCAUGGUAUGAUGUCUGUUUAAAACAAAAAGGAAAGGAAACAUGGUUUACUAGUAUUCAGAAAGAAAAGUCUGCCAACUUGAAGCACUGUGUCUUAGCCUGUGACUCAGGGCUGUGUCGGCCCGCUCAUCAGUUUCCUGUUGUAUCGGGAGCAUUUGUUUGUUUUUUAGUGUGUCACCUGUGCUUCAUGCCUGUUGUGUUCAUAAAGUGGGAAAGAAUGACCGUGUAGGAUCUAGAGGUGCCCCAAUGAUAUUUUUCCUGCUACCUUAAAAAAUGAAAGAAAGAAAAUGACUGGUUUAAAUGCUUAGUAAAUCUUUAGGCCCUGACAAUAACAGGAAAACAUUUCAGGACAUCCUGCUCCUGUAUCCCACACAUGCCCCUAACAGAAGAUCAACCAAAGUAUCAAAGACAACAAAAUAAGAGUAACAGCCUCUCUUCACGUAUGAAGAUUUCACCAGUUUCUCACUCCUCCAUCCCGAGCCGCUCGUCGCUGCUGCGUCCUCACAUCAGAUCAUCCUGACUUGUUGCAGAAUUUGACAUCGGGGCUGAUCGAUAAAAUAGGAAUGAAAAAUGCUUUCACACAUUCAACUCACACUCACUUGAUGUUUUAGGAGUGCACUGUGUGUGUGUGUGUGUGUGUGUGUGUGUGAGAGAGAGAAGAUCUAACAAAAUGACUGACAGAACCGAAAAAGAAAUCUGAAAUUAGAUUGAAUAGAAAAAGGUUUCCUGUGACGCGUCUCUGUGUGGUGGAAACUGUGGUGAGGGGUUUAAAUUACAGGGUGUGGGUGCUUUUUUUAAUGAAGAGGAGGAAACCUGUGAACAAUAGUUUCUGUUAGCAUCACAUGCUAUUGUCCAUAGCUCUGUUGUUAGCUUUACACGCGAGGUGUGCAGGCGUGUGUGUUUCAUUAAGAUCUUCUGAUGUGUUCCUUCCAUCUGUUUAGCUUUGAGAUAAAUCUCACACUCAUCGCCCCCGUCUAAUAUUACAUUACCUUAAACUUGCUCCUGUAGUUUUAUUUUCCUGGGGGGUGGCGGCAGCAACUUUUUAUGGAGCAGAGAGUAUACUAGCAAAUGAAGAGACAUGAAAGUGCCACUUCAAAUGGGUUGAAAGUGAAAGAAGCUGCUGAUUUUGCAGAUGCAACAUCAGCCACACUAAACGAUACAUCCCUGCAGAAUGUAAAAAAAAUAAAUAAAAAAAAGCCUCUUGUAUCUAGAUGUGAGAAAAUGUGGUUAUUGCAUUAAUUUGUAGCUAAUAAUUGUUGCUUUUGUUUGAUAGGAUUUUCAUUGAAGAGGAUUAUUGCAUGUUGGAUAGUGGAAGCAGCACUGUGAAGCACAUGAUGCACUGCCAGAAAGCUCACCUGUCCCAUGUUAGAGGACUGGAGGUUACAUAAGGCUGUCAGUUUAGCUACUUUUUUACUACUACUGCUGUGUGAUUCAUUCAUGUUUGGACAAAAAGAGUGAUUAACAUCGUUGAAGUACCAUGAAAUAAAGAUUGAACCAUGUUAA